GGAGAGAGAGGUCAUCAUUUGGUGCAGGCUGUGGUGCUGAUGAGGACACGCAUGAGCUGAGUCCUCCACACCGGCAAACUGUCCUUACGGAAGAGUCACUGUAACCGCCUCACGUAGCCUAAUACCGAAUCGCAGUUUCCGUGUGCUGGUGAUGUUCAUGGUUAUUAAUAGACUGCCGUGGUCCUCCGUCGUUUCCCUUGGACCAUUCACAUCACCAGAUCAAAUGCAAGUGCGCAGUUUUUGAGGUGACAGUAUACUAAGAAGAUUCAUUUCAUACGACUCAAUCUGAACGCAGACCGGAACCGGAGGCGAUGAUAUCGGAGCCGUGCACGUCUUGUUGAGGAUCCAUCUGCACUCGUCCUCAAUGGUCACCUUCUGUCCGAGCCUGUCUUUCUGCUUGCUGCAGUCCGCAUCAGACGAUGUACGCGGAGGGAAUCACGCCAGACACUGAGCCAGACGAGUGCCAGAAGAAGACAUCAUGCUUCUCCAACAUCAAAAUAUUCCUCAUAUCAGAAUGUGCCUUAAUGUUGGCACAGGGCACUGUAGGAGCCUAUCUGGUCAGUGUCCUCACCACAUUAGAGCGCCGUUUCAACUUGCAGAGCGCUGAUGUGGGUGUGAUCGCCAGCAGCUUUGAGAUUGGCAACCUUGCCCUCAUCCUAUUCGUCAGCUACUUUGGGGCCAGGUCCCACCGGCCGCGGCUGAUUGGUUGUGGGGGCAUCGUAAUGGCACUGGGGGCAUUACUGUCAGCGCUGCCUGAGUUCUUGACCCACCAGUACGAAUAUCAGUCUGGAGACCCACGACCUGUGGGACAGGGACAGGAUGUGUGCUCCAAUACUAGUCAAGCAGGGCUCUCUGACCCUAGUUACAUUUGUGGGAAUAGAACCAAUACCAACAUGAUGUACCUGCUGCUGAUCGGAGCGCAAAUGCUUCUGGGGAUUGGAGCGACACCCGUACAGCCUCUGGGCGUGUCUUACAUCGAUGAUCACGUCAGACGAGAAGACUCUUCCCUUUAUAUUGGAAUAUUAUUCUCUACACUGGUGUUUGGGCCAGCGUGUGGUUUUAUUCUUGGCUCUCUGUGCACCAAAGUUUAUGUUGAUGCAUUCUUCAUUGACACAACCACGCUGGACAUUACUCCAGAUGAUCCACGCUGGAUCGGUGCCUGGUGGGGCGGCUUUAUCAUCUGUGGCCUUUUCCUCUUCCUCUCCUCGCUUUUCAUGUUUGGGUUCCCGCAGUCGCUGAACGAGCCUGGGGACGGCCCGGGCGGCGAGAGCGAACAGGCCAUGCUUCCUGCUGAGCUGGUGCAGGAGUAUGAAGGAGUCAAAGCCUCAGAUGACCCAGAGAUCAACGCUGGCCUCACCUGCUGCCAGCACCUGCAGGUUAUCCCUAAGGUGACUAAGCAUCUGCUGUCCAAUCCGGUGUUCACCUCUGUCAUUCUCGCGGCCUGUAUGGAAAUCGCUGUGGUGGCUGGAUUUGCCGCCUUCCUAGGGAAAUAUCUCGAACAGCAGUUCAACCUCUCAACGUCCUCCGCCAAUCAGCUCCUAGGCAUGACGGCCAUCCCCUGUGCUUGUCUGGGUAUUUUCCUGGGUGGGCUCCUGGUGAAGAAGAUGAAUCUGUCUGCGUUAGGGGCUAUUCGUCUGGCUAUGCUAGUCAAUAUCAUCUCUACGGCCUGCUACGUCUCCUUCCUCUUCCUUGGCUGUGAUACGGGCCCAGUCGCUGGGGUUACCGUUGCCUAUGGCAAUGAGAGUCUGGGUGCAUGGGAGCAGACGGAGGCCGCAUGUUUUUCAGGCUGUAAUUGUUACACGUCUUCUCUGAGCCCCGUUUGCGGCUCCAACGGCGUCACCUACCUCUCGGCCUGCCUGGCUGGCUGCACCAAAACCAAUCUGACGGGCUGUAAGUGCAUUGGCCAUGGUGACGGGCCUGGUACAGCCAUGCCGGGGAAGUGCUCCAACCCAGGCUGUCAGCAGGCCUUCCUCACCUUCUUAGCAGUUGUGUGCGCAUGCAGCAUGAUCGGAGCCAUGGCCCAGACGCCAUCCGUCAUCAUCCUGAUAAGAACUGUGAGCCCAGAGCUGAAGUCAUAUGCCCUUGGAGUUCUCUUCCUGUUGCUCCGGCUGCUGGGUUUCAUUCCUCCACCUCUGAUCUUCGGCAUUGGGAUUGACUCCACCUGCCUACUAUGGAGCUCCGUGUGCGGCAUUAAAGGGGCCUGCAUGCUUUACGACAACAUAACCUACCGUUACCUUUACGUCAGCAUCGCCAUCGUUCUCAAAUCCAGCGCCUUCAUUCUCUAUGCCGUCACCUGGCAGUGUCUGCGUCAGAACUACUCCAGGUACAUAAAGAACAGUGAGGACUACCUGACCCCAAGCCAGCUGUUCGCCUCCAACCUCACCCUCGACAACCUGGGCAAGGACAUUGCACAGAACCCUUCCAGCCGCACCAAGUUCAUUUACAACCUAGAGGACCAGGGCUGGAGCGAGAACAUGGAGUCAGCUAUAUAGUACCACCCCAAAGACGGCCAGCCAGCCUAUAUGCACAUGAUCAUUUAGUCUCAUAUCGCUUUUAUUCAAAAGAAAGUCCAUAUAUAAGCCGAUUUCUGCACAUUCCCGCUGCCUGGGAGAAAUGGGCUCUCUUUUAGCUCAUCCAGGGUGUAUGAACUAAACAGAGCCAAAUCAAUUUGACUGUUACUGUAGUCACGACGUGUAUAUGCUGGAUAUAUGAUAUGUGGAGAUGGAACACAUCCAUUAUAUUAGGGGCAGUGGCAGUUCCAAAACUGAAAAAAAUAAUCUUCCAUCAGUCGAAACUAGCCCCAGCUUACAUAUACAAGCACCUUUUUAGGUUUUAUUUUGGAUGGUCUUUUUAGCAUUUUAUUUAUUUUAUGAAAUGUAAAGAAUAUAGCAUAUAAGUUCUAUGAAUAUUAACAUAUGUUUACUUGAAUAUUGUGAGGCUAUGGAAAUUUCUGUCUAUUUUUAUGGAGGGUCUUAGAAAGCUUGAUGUUAUUUUAUUAAUAUCUCCUCUGUACAGGCAUUAGACUACUAAAAACGUAGAUACAAGUGCAGAGUUCACACACUUCAUGUAACCUAUUAAUCAACCUAAAUACAUAAUAGUGAACCAUUUAGGCCCAUGUCUGUGAAAACGUAUAGCUUGAAUAGAAAAAAAAGGUUCAUUUGUUUUCUGAGGCCUCGUUAUCUGUCGCCUGCAGUGGUCCUGAACAACAUCUGAACUAAAGCAACAUGCAGCAUUAAUCAAUAGUUGUUGUUAUCAAGCAGAGGACACUGAUGGACGGAAGGAUGGAUUUAUUUAAAUGCAUGCAGGUAUUGCACGUUGAUGCAUCAGAGCAGGCGCAUGGGAAUUUUAAGAGAUCAAUUGUUUUGGUAAAGGGAGACAUUUCCUUUCUAUUACACCAGCAUCUUCUUAAGUGGUCUUUUAUAAUGGUAUUAUGGCGCCUUGCAUACAUUUUUCUUCCAAUCUGUCAUCAACAUGUUCGCUUGGAAGGAAAUCCGCUUGGAAGACCAAAUGCUAGGAUUAAAGAAGUUUUACAACAUUAAAGAUAUUUCUUUAAAUUUACCAUAUAUAAACAUAAGGAAAUGAUGUAUGAACUACUAAAAUAUCGAUCUGAGUUACAUAAAAUAAUACUUUAAGCAAAAAUUUAAAAAGGACUUAUUUCGAACAUUUUUGUAUGACAUUGGUUUCAUAUACUUAUGAAUUAUUUUGUAGCCUAUGCUUUUUCUAAAAAAAAAAAAAAAAAAAAAAAAAAGGACAACUAAAUAAAUUCGGACAGGAACGUGGUGGAUCCAUGGUAAUGUAAUUAAGCUAAAUCCUCUUUAUUGAGGAAAAUUAUUUGUUUUUGCUGCUUUUCAAAGACUUGGUUUAAUUGAUGCAGGUACACUGAAGAGACCCACAUAGGGCAAAACCCAAAAACAUUUUCACCCUUCAUGUAAAUUGCUUCCCAAGCACAUUAUUUUAUUGCACCGCAAUAUACGCCGAAAUGCUUGAUUGCUUGAAUGUUGAGGCCAGUGUCAAUACAAAUGAGAUGAUAUAAGAAUGAUGUCAUUGUUUAUAUAAUCAUUCCUCUCUAUAGAUAAUUCAUUGCCGUAAAAGUGCCAAAGUGAUGCCAUUUAAGUGUUCUGAGUUCUCUCCGACAAGCAGUUUUUCAUAAUGCUGGAAUUGUAUAUGACCGCGAGAUGCAUUAUUGUAUUGUACGUAGACAUGGUGUGGUAUCUUAAGCGACCAUUACACCUUGUACAUAUUUACAUUAAAGUAUAUUCCCUCCAGAAUGUAGAACAUAGCAAUGCUUUAGGCUUUUACAGGUGAUGUUUACAAGUCUUAUCUUUUGACGAAAUAUAUAUUAUCGUUCAGUGCAGAUGGAGAUUAUGUUAUGCUUACAGAGGAAUGUUGUGGUAUAUUUUUCUACCCAUGUCUGUAUUAUGAGGCUUCUGUGUAAUGACCAUAAAAACAACUAUCUGCACUAAAA